CAACGACUUAGAUUGACUGACCGUCUUCCUUCCCCGCUAUUUGUUUAAGCGCGGUACCUUCCAAUGGGACCGACGAUUCUGUUAUUCAAGCUGCACACAAAGAAGCUGACAAAGGAAAGAAAACGCCAAGUUCAUGACCACUGCUGCAACGAACCAGAUGGAGACUGAGAACAAGAGUCGAGAGCUGAAGCAUUUAUGGCUUGUGAGGAUCGCUGCGAUUCACACGCUGGCUUGCGUGUCGAAUCUCUACGAGUGCGCGAAGCAGAACUCGGGUUCGUUGAGAUCCACUGUCGGGACUGUGGAGGGUGCUGUCACCACCGUUGUGGGUCCUGUCUACGCGAAGUUUAAGGGCGUCCCUGAGGAUCUUCUUGAGUUUGUUGAUAAAAAGGUGGAUGAUGCUACUCAUAAGCUUGAUGAGCAUGCCCCACCUCUUGUCAAGCAAGUUGCUAGCGAAGCCCAAACCUUUGUGCAAAAGGCAUCAGAGAAGGCACAGAAACUUGUUAUUGAAGCUCGGACAGGAGGCCCGCGUGCUGCAUUCAAUUAUGCUGCAACAGAGUCUAAGCAGUUCAUCUUGGUUCAAUCUGUUAAGUUGUGGAUUAAACUAAACAACUAUCCCCAGGUUCACUCUGUGACAAAAAUGGCUGUGCCCACUGCGGCCCACUUGUUGGAGAAGUACAAUAAUGUAGUGAAGGCCAUGGCGCAGAAAGGUUAUCCAAUCUUUGGUUAUAUUCCAUUGGUUUCUGUUGAUGAUAUAGGGAAAGCAUUCAAACAAGCUGAAGCAGGGAAUAAGGAAGAUACUCCUUCACAUGAAUCAGAAUAAAGUGUUCCCGUUGUUUAGCAGGUUUCCUUACCCUUUUUUUCUUCUGCUUGCAACCUGCUACCAGAGGAGCCGCAGCCCUCAGGACUUAAGGAGGAGUAGGGACUAUGACUGCCUCAUAUAUGCUUGCACGAGAGCAAUUGGUUAUACUGGAAAUAUAUUUGUAUGAUUUGUGUUGAAGGUAUAUAGUUUUUGGGAAGUGGCCAUGACUUGUGAGCUAGAUGAUGUGAAUUCUUGAGCUAAAGUUUGUUUGCUGUGACAUGAAUUGAGAGAUUGACCUAUGAUGGAAGAUGUUUUAUUUUUCUCUUUGACCAAUAAGCAAACCCCGGAAAGACGUCAAGUCAGUAAGGGAGCACUGUGGCUGCUAACAAUCGAACUGAACUUUAACGUUUGAUUUCUGUUGUUGCACUGUUGGUUAUAGUGCUAACAUUGGCGAUUUGUUUAGCUUCUUGAGA